CCACAAUCUCAUCUCUGCAGAGAGCCCUAAAUCAAAACAGAGGAUGAAAUUCUUCCAGUGAGCAGAAGAGUUGUGAGAAAGCAUUCCAGUUGGCCUUUGAGUGGAUAAUUGUUGCAGUACGAACACUGACGUUGGAAACAACUACUGCCCGUUUGAAUUACUUAAAACACCAGGAUGAAAAGAAAUACCUGUGAUCCCCUUUCUCGGAGCAAAAGUGCCUCCGAGGAAACACUACAUUCCAGUCAUGAAGAGGAAGACCCUCUCCGAGGAAUGGAACCCUAUCUUGUACGGAGACUUUCAUGUCGGAAUAUUCAGCUUCCCCCUCUUGCCUUCAGACAGUUGGAACAAGCUGACCUGAAAAGUGAUUCAGAUAACAUUCAAAGACCCACCAGCCUCCCCCUGAAGAUUUUGCCACUGAUUGCUAUCACUUCGGCAGACUCCAGUGGGUGAGUGUCCUUGAAUG